AUGAUUCGUUCGACGGCUGUCAACUUUAUAAAAAGUUGCCAUAAAACUGUCCCAUAUAUUUAUUUUAAGCCAUGUGCAAACCAUUCUACUAAUCCAGAAUAUGUAAAUGCAACCGAGCCUUACGAAGUAUUCAGAUCCCGUUUCGUGAAUGCAUUUGAUGAUCCAAAAAUUGACGGUUGGGGGGCUAGAUCAUGGAUGCAGAAACUUCAUCUAGAAGACGCCGUUCCGCCCCCAGAAGUGGUGAUUAGUGGCCUUAAGGCUUGUAGACGCAUCAACGACAUCGCUCUGGCUAUAAGGUUUAUUGAAUCUGUGAAGUUUAAGUGCCACGUUGCCAAAGGUGCUUGGGAGUGGCUUCAAAAAGAGAUUGAACCCACAAUGAAACAACUCGGUUUGCCAACUUUAGGACAACUUGGAUAUGACGAACCUGAGUUGGCUCUAAUUGACUAUGACGAUUAG